CGUCGGACACAAGCGCAACUUUUACGAACGGAGCAGCGCGAGGAGCGAAGCGACGACAAGAGGAAAAACUUACCCGACUUCACUUCACCUCAUCCGGCCACCGACACCUCACACAGAAUGAUGCUGCAGCACUCGGGUCCCUCGCUGGCCGACAUCAGCUACUCCGCCCUGGUGCCCUGCCUGUCCCCACCCGGCAGCCUCACCCUGGACGACUUCACCAACUACACCCCCAUGGUGAAAGAGGAGCUGCGGCUCGCCAUCCAGACCAAGCGCCUGUCCAACGGGCUCAGCGUGGACAUGAGCUCGGACGGGGCCAGCUCCUGCUCGGACCGGGCCUUCGACGAGCCCGCCCGAGGAUCCGGGGUCAAUAGAGAGUCGAUGGUUGAGGAGCCCGACCGGAGGAAAAGGAGGAGAGAGAGGAACAAGGUCGCUGCUGCAAAGUGUCGCAACAAGAAGAAGGAGAAGACCGAGACUCUGCAGCAGGAGUCGGAGAAGCUGGAGUCGGUGAACUCGGACCUGAAGGCUCAGAUCGAGGAGCUGAAGCAGCAGAAGCAGCAGCUGGUCUACAUGCUCAACCUGCACCGGCCCACCUGCAUCGUGCGGGCGGUGAACGGCCAGACGCCCGAGGACGAGAGGAACCUCUUCAUGCAGCACAUCAAGGAGAGCACCUUACAACUCCACAACAUCACCUCCUCCUCCACCGCCUCCACCACCUCCUCCAUCUCCUCCAUCUCCUCCAUGUCCACACUGUCCCCCCUCGACGGAGGACUCCUGUCCCUCGACCACAUUCACUGUCCCGGUGACCUAUGAGCAGCUCUCACGACUUCGGACUCAUUCAGCAUCCACAUCGCUGCUACAGGGAGUGACCCCCCCCCCCGCUCUCUGAUACCUGAUUGGACAGCUGACAUACAAUGGACAGCACCUGGACAUGCGUCGCAUGUUUCAAACAGUCAGGGCCAAGGCGAUGCUAAAGCACUAAGAACUAAAUGAUCAUUGAUUGUCUUUUUUAUUUACAGGUAUUUUGAAAAGAUGAAAGUCUGAGUUAGUGUCCGAGUUUUGUACCAAAGUGAUUUCACACGUUUAUCUGUUCACCCACAAAGAACGUAGUUACAGAGCGACGUGUGAGCGUGCACACACACACGCACAAGUGAGUUUGAGCUGCGAGACUUUAAAAGCAAUGUUGUUUGCGCUUGUUGUAUGAAAAUCUGUAUAUUUAUUAAGAAACUACUGUCGCUGUUGUAUUAACCCCGUCUGCUCGUCCUUUAUACAACGUGAGCUACUCAGUCUGCUGCUACCACUAACCACUCAGGUCGUGCGCUGGCUGCAGGAGUCGCACUGUACGUUUAUUUUAUUGGCUUGUUUCACAGCUAACCUCUGAAAGAGUGCGAGGCUCCUUUUCACCGUGACGGGGAUCAAACCGCUCGUGUGGACAGAGAUCGCUUUAGUUUGAAGAUGCUGGUUACAUAUAGAAAGGAUGUAGCCUAAGUCUGGUUGUGGGCCGUCAGCCACAGUAGCAGCAACAGUUGCAAAAGGGAAAAUUGUAUUUGCUGUCAGGGUUUGUGAUUCUGGACUUAACACAAAGUAUAAAUAUCGAUAUACUCCUAUAUGCAGACGAUACUUUACUUUACUUAAACGUUUGAGAUGUGCCGAAGGGAAAAUUGUCCAAGAAAAAGUGAAUCGUGUAAUUUCACAAGUACACUUUAAUUAUCACUGCGUUCCCUCUUAAACACCUGGUGUUGUUUUUACAUCCUCUGUGACGAUGAAGCUACAUGAGUGUUAUUUUUCAGACGUGUUUUCUAGAAUCUUGUACAUUGAGUUGACUCUGUGCCACUGUAUAUAAACACCAGAUGCCUCCUUUGGUUUUGACAUAGCAAAAAAAAUAAAAUAGGUUGUUAUUUUAUAAUAGUGUAUUUAUUAAAAUUUGUCGGUUUGAAAGUUGUGUUCACUGGAUAUCGUUAGCUAGGUAUCAGAAGUGUUGCGUCACCUUUUGGCACAAGCCUGACUCUGAAGUUACACAAGACCAGAUCAUGUGUGUUUGGAUGAUCCACUGAUAUUUCUCCCGCCCUCCACUCAGACUCACUGUUAUUGUCGAGCACCAUCACUGCAAGUAACUGCAACUUGUCCAGAAACGUGUGUGCAUGCUACACAACAUCUGUACAUACAACAAGAGAAGGGAAAUAAAUAGGUUGUUGAAUUGUGGAAGACGGUUUCUAUUGUGUAUCGUGUGUGUGUCUGAGAGUCACACGGUCAAAGGGACGCAGGCGUCUGCGUGUGUUCAAAGUGUGUGCGUUGUGGUUGUGGCUGUUAAUUGUCGAGUCGUAGCACUGAGUUGUGUGUAUUUUGCUGUGCCUACUGCUGGAGGCAUCGGCGUCCAAAUGAAUAAACCACAGGCUGUCAGGUAUAAACGCUCUGCUGCUGCCAACGUGUACUUCCAUCUCUGUGAUCCGUCAAUUUCUGUUUUUGAUACCUUGUUAAUUAAAGUUAUGUGUUGAAAUGAAAA